GGUAAUACAGUCUAGGGAGGGUUGAUGACAGUGUGGGGGAGGUUCGUAAAGGGUAAAUAUGUACGUAAAUAAUUUAAAUAUUUUCGCCUCUACUUGUACACAUAUUCUUUUUAAAAAAUAUAUUCCUUACAUCACUUAACCCACAUGUGUACCCUUAACGUGGCCGACUCUCUGAGCCUUCUUCACAGGAACACAGUCGAAGUGUUUGUGUCCUUGUGAAGUGAUUAACACACAGAGAUGAGUGACAGCGUGACCUGGCCCACAGCACUUUUAAACAGCAGACUGUUUCUAUCAUCUCCACCCACUGAACGUCACAUCACUGCAGUCUCACUCCGCUGUCAAACACCAUUCCCUAUCUCUGUGGCUCACUUUGCUGCUUCUUACGGACUGACAGUUCGCAUGUACUGCAGACACUGAAGGCAGCACGAAGUCCAGUUUAUCAGGGAGUUUACAGUGUGUGAGCCGGUGUCACCCAUGGCUCCCUGGGCGGUCUGGCUCCUCCUGGCUGUGUCCAGUGUCCUGGCCGUGCGCUCCUGCUGCGCCUAUACCUGUCCAACCAUCUGCCGCUGCAGCGAACACUCCUUCCAGUGUAGCAGAGACACUCAGCUGCUCUCCAGGGCAAGAGCCGUGUCCGUGUCCCGACUAAGGCUCACCCAUCUGCCCUUGAAAGAUGUGCCCACUCAUGCCUUCAAGGAGCUGAUUAACAUCACAUUUAUUGAGAUUUCCCAGAGUGACUGCAUCACACAGAUCCAGAGACGAGCCUUCUUCUCCCUCCACAGUUUAACGGAAAUUUCAGUGAGGAACAUCAACAGUCUGAGGGUUAUUGAAAAGGGUGCAUUCACUGACCUGCCCAGUCUGCAGCAUCUGAGCAUCUCUAAUACAGGGAUUAUUAAAUUCCCAGACUUCAGCGGCAUCUCCUCCCUGGCACCAAGUAUUUUUCUGGAAAUGGCAGACAACAUGAGGAUUGACUUCAUCCCAGCCAACUCUUUCCUGGGUAUCACAAAGGCGGAGGUUGAGAUGACCCUGGUUAGAAACGGCUUCAAGGAGAUACAUUCACAUGCAUUCAACGGGACCAAACUCAACACAUUAAUUUUGAGAGACAACAUUUAUCUCAAAUCCAUUCAGGAUGAUGCUUUUGAAGGAGCCACCGGACCAAGCGCAAUGGAUGUCUCCUCCACGGCUCUGAGUUCUCUCCCUCCUAAAGGGCUGCAGCAGCUCAGGUACCUGAAAGCCAUCUCCACCUUUGCCCUGAAGAGUCUCCCCCGACCCGACAGCCUGGCUGAACUGCUGGAGGCCGAGCUAACGUAUCCCAGUCACUGCUGCGCCUUCCACACUUGGCGCCGCAAGGAAAGGGAAAGUGCUUUAAAGAACUUCACCACAUUCUGUGAUCUCAGCGACAAAGAAAUGAAGCCCAGUGCAGAAGACAUGAGUUUUAUUGACGACAUCAACUUCCAGUAUCCAGACCUGGAGUUCGACUGCCUCAACAGCCCCUUCAUUAAGUGUACCCCAAAGCCAGAUGCCUUCAACCCAUGUGAGGACCUGCUGGGUUUUCCUGUGCUGCGCUGUCUUACCUGGAUUAUCUCUUUGUUUGCUGUGUCAGGUAACCUGGCUGUUCUGGUCAUUCUGCUAAUUAGCCACCACAAGCUAACGAUUUCCAGAUUUCUCAUGUGUAACCUGGCUUUGGCUGACCUGUUCAUGGGGCUCUACCUGUUGCUCAUCGCCUUUAUGGACCACUACUCCCGCCACGAGUACUACAACCACGCCACGGACUGGCAGACCGGGCCCGGCUGUGGCAUAGCUGGGUUCCUCACUGUGUUUGCUAGCGAGCUCUCGGUGUACACACUGACUGUGAUCAGUGUGGAACGCUGGCACACCAUCACAAACGCCAUGCACGUCAACAAGCGGCUGCGUAUGCGCCACGUGACCAUCAUUAUGGCGGUAGGCUGGGUUUUCUCUCUGCUGGUGGCCCUGCUCCCCUUAGUGGGGGUCAGCAGCUACGGCAAAGUGAGCAUCUGUGUACCCAUGGACAUCGACCAAGUGGGAUCCCAGGUGUACGUGGUGGCCGUGCUCAUUCUCAACGUGGUGGCCUUCUUCAUAGUCUGCUACUGUUACAUAUGCAUAUACGUGAGCGUCCACAACCCCGAGCACUCCACCCGUAACGGAGACACCAAGAUCGCCAAGCGCAUGGCUGUGCUCAUUUUUACCGACUUCAUAUGCAUGGCGCCAAUCUCUUUCUUUGCCAUCUCUGCAGCCCUGCACCUGCCCCUCAUAACUGUGUCUCACUCCAAGAUCCUGCUCAUCCUCUUUUACCCCAUCAACUCCCUCUGCAACCCUUUUCUCUACACCAUCUUCACACGAGCGUUCAGGAAGGACGUGUGCCUGCUGCUGAGCCGCUGCGCCUGCUGCCACGCCAGCUCUGACUUCUACAGGUCACAGACGCUGGCCUCGAACCACAACAGCAACCAAAAGACCACCACGUCCACCAGGAACAAUCACUCGCUCAGCAUAUAUGCCUAUCACAUUAAAAUGAAAGGGUGCUUCAUGAACAAAGGAACUACAUGAUGAUCAACAAAGACCCUUCAUUUAAUCCUGUUAGGAACUUAAAGGCAGCACCCUCCCUGUCAUUGAAAACUGUUACUUUCUUCAGUUGUGAACUGUGAGACAUUUGUCAGUCUUUGACUGAAGAGACACCAGAUCAGUUUUGAUCCACUAUACAUUGAUGUAUAAAAGGUGGAAUUUAUCACUGAGGACCAGGAGGGGUCAUACAGAGCUGCUGCAGCCUGUAUGCCCACUAAGAAUAUGGGACAAAAAGAGAAGUUUGAUGGAGGACGUAGCUGAAGAAGGCUGUCACUGAUAAGGUGCCUAAAAGUGGAUUAAGUGAGAACAAUUCCAAUGUUAAGGGUCAAUUCAAAUCAAAGGGUUGAUUGAAAUAUUGGCCUGGCAAUGUUCAAGGUUACUACUUCAGUUCUAACUGGUGGUGGGGAGUACAGCCAUACUCUCUGUACUCCCCUCCACCAGUUAGAACUGAAGAAGCCUCUUGGAUGAGAGGUGAAACGUCUUCUUUUAGACAAUUCACGUCCAGUUGCCUAACAGAACUUUUCAACCUUGACCAUGACCUGGAUGACUGAGAAUCUUCAUAGACAUUGUUACUACAUGUUUUCUGUCAGACAAUCUCUUUUUGCUAUCAUUUCUUUAGGUACUGGACAUCUGGAGGCAAUAAAACAGCCACAUAUACUGUACGUUAAAGUGAUUCAAUCUAUUAGAUUAUUUGAAAUAACUUUUUUCCCCAAAAGAACCAUGGUGUUUAUUGCCAGCUGUAGUAGUAUCUUAAAUAUUAUAAAGUAUAUUAUAAUUUUGAAGUAUUCAUUUUGUAUUUCUUUUAGAAAAUGUAUUUUAAAAAUUUAAAUAUUUUAAAUCUUUCUGAUGAGUAUUGAAGCUCAUCCACAGUGGGUUUUACUGUGGGUUGUUACAACUACACGUUAAUGGGAAAAUAAGAAUCAUACUUAAAACAUUCUGAAUUUUCACAAUAAAACCAUAUC